GGAUUACCGCGAUCUGGUUCUUGAGAUUCGAGAGCUCCGUUUACACAUAUCUUUUGAAGCCCCUUGUUUUUCACUCAAUCGAUUCGGCUUCUGUACAUCAUGGCAUAUACAAGGUCAUUUCUGCAAACACUUUGCAGUUUCUUUCUGGUACUAGCAGUUGCGGAAGCACUGAAAUUCGACAUUGACGCUUAUCACAAAGGAGACAAGAAGGCAGAGAGAUGCAUUAGGAAUUUCGUGGCUAAGGACACUUUGGUUGUGGUUACUGCUACUAUUGAUGGUUCAAAGGGGGAUGGCAUGCAAGUCGAUAUGCAUAUUAAAGAUGCUGUUGGAAACGAAUACGGAAAACCAAAGGACAUUGUAGGCGAAAAGAGAAUGGCCUUCACAUCUCAUGCCGAUGCAUCAUUCGAUGUUUGCUUCUACAAUUACUUUACAGCCUCAAACCGUGUUAACAAUCCCCGUCGCCACGUUGAACUCGAUAUUGACAUUGGAGCCGACGCCAAAGAUUGGUCCGCCGUCCAAGCUACAGAGAAACUCAAGCCGGUCGAAACUGAAUUGAGGCGCAUCGAGGAAAUGGUCGCAGAAAUUGUUACGGAAAUGGAAUACCUUAGACACAGAGAACAGAAAUUGAGAGACACAAACGAGAGCACGAAUAACAGAGUUAAAUGGUUUGCAUUUGGAACCAUGGGAAUGUUGGUAUCACUCGGAGCUUGGCAGGUGAUCUAUUUGAGGGCGUAUUUCAGAUCAAAGCAUCUUAUUUAGAUAUGGGUACCAUGGUUGUUAUGAGGAUGGCGGCUUAUGGCGAUGGCUUUUUCAGCGAAUAAGACCCCUUCUUUACUAGAGUGCGAAGACAUCUGUAAAAUGAAAUGCGAUGAUAAAAAAACUCUCUAGUUCUCAGCAAUACGAUACUCCUCAUUCUUGAUUUCUA